AUGGCUGAAGAGAAACAAAAUGUCACUAUCGCCUGCACUGCUUCUGGUCAGCCGCACCCAAGCAUCACCUGGUCAAAAGCCUUUGGCUCUUUGCCUAAAGACAAAGCUAAAGUUAAGAAUGGAGCCCUUACAAUCUAUAACGUUGCAAAAAACGACGGUGGUAUAUACAUGUGCAAAGCAGAAAAUAUUCUGGGACUGGACACCAGCACAGUUCUAGUGAUAGUGUUUUCUCCUCUGCGAUUCAAAGUCCGCCCUCCUCAUGAACUGACUCCCUUGUCUGGCUUCAAUGUCCGUCUGCCCUGUUUGGCUGAGAGCGAUUUGAAACCAACAGUAACUUGGGAAAAAGAGGGCAAACUGUUACUUCCCGUUGACACGUAUGUUCUCCCAAAUGGAACACUACUAUUUCGAAGCAUUAAACAAUCACACCAAGGAUCUUACAUCUGUAGAGCAACUAAUGCCCUGACGACAAUAGAAACUAAAGUCAAAAUCAACUUUCCAGUUAUUGCUACCCCCUGUUCUGUGAUAAGAAAGUACUUCGGCAUUGUUAGCGGAAAUUACGUCAUUGAUCCAGAUGGCGAGGGGGGCUUGGCAUCACUGACAGUCUUCUGCAACAUGACUGAUAAGAGUGGAGUUGGCGUGACAGUAAUAGGUCACAACAGUGAAAGCAGAACACAUGUGAAUGGAUAUAGCAGUCAAGGUAGUUACUCACGUGACAUUCAUUACACAGGUGCGAGUCUGUCUCAGCUGGCGAGUCUCACCAGACUCUCUUCACACUGUGAACAGUUUAUUAAGUAUGAGUGUUAUUACUCGGUUUUGCUUACUAGUCGUUAUGGCGGUCCAUACGGAUGGUGAGUGUCACGUGAUUCUACUAAGAUGACGUACUGGGGUGGAGCAUCUUUCGGUGGUAAGUGCGCAUGCGGGAUGACCAACCCAUGCGCAGACUCCAGAUUUGGUUGUAACUGUGAUAAGAAUGACAAUGUAUGGCGUGAAGACAGCGGUCUGCUAACUGACAAGACAAAGCUUCCUGUCAAACAGCUCAGGUUUGGGGAUACUGGUGGCGGUGCUUACGGUUAUCACACCCUAGGAAAAUUGAAGAGUUACGGCACAGCAUAA